UGCACUGAACUACCAAUUCUGUCAGCAGCAAAGCCACGUGAUCCGCCACAUGAUGAGUCACGUGAUCCGCCACAUGAUCAGCCACGUGAUCCGCCACAUGAUCAGUCACGUGAUCCGCCACAUGAUCAGUCACGUGAUCCGCCACAUGAUGAGUCACGUGAUCAGCCACAUGAUCAGUCACAUGGUCACCACCUCCAAGGGGAGUCUACCGCUUCACAUCCUCCCAGACAACUGGCUCGCCUACGGUGCCGAGAUCCCGUACAAACAGCUGUUGCAGUGGGAGCGGCGGUCCCAGAGAAGAGCUCUUGUGUAUUAUUGUGCGAGGUCUGUGCGGAAGGGACGUACUUGA